AUGGGUGGCAACAUCCUGAGAGCAACGAUAGACUCUGGGGAUAAAUGUUCUAACAUAAACAGUUGCUUGUUCAGACAAAUGCGCAAUCUAAGCUGCAUCUCCACAUUAAGGCUGACAUUUGCUCCGUUCAAAAGCAGCCAUGGCGAUGAUCCACCCACAGGUGAUGACCAUCCAGCCCAGUGUGGUCACCACGGGUGUGGUGACCUCGGCUUUCGUACCGGGGAGGGAGAUGUGGUCAUCCAGCUUGUUCAGCUGCUUUGAGGACAUGGGGAUAUGCUGCCUUGGGUUUUGGUGCCCGUGCGCCCUGGCGUGUCAGGUCAGCGCAGACCACGGCGAGGGUCUAUGUCUCCCCAUGCUGGAGUCGAUGAGCGGCAUAGUUCCAGCCUUGGCCCUGGGCCUCCGGAUCUCCGUGAGAGAGCGCUACCGCAUAAAGGGCUCCAUUUGUGACGACUGCUGUAUCGUCACGUUCUGCGGCAUAUGCUCAUACUGUCAGCUGGCACGGGAACUCAAGGAACGCCGGUGCCGUCACACACAGGUCAUCUCCUCCACCACCGUGCAGGUCAACUCGAAUCCUCCGGCAUAUGUACCCCAGUACCCUGUCCAACAGGGCUACGGUCCCCCACAAUAAUAGGCAGUACCCAAGGCCUUAUUUUUAUAUACAUUACAUUAUGGGAUCAGGUUUUUAGAAGAAAUGUAUGCUUUAUACUUAUACUUUAUACUAUACAUGACGUUAUGGUUGCGGGUUUGAACCCACCCAAGAAAUGUGCCGCUCAAGGCUUUGCAAGAUGACUUGGUUAAAUGUGUGUGUGUGUGUGUGUGUGUGUGUGUGUGUGUGUGUGUGUGUGUGUGUGUGUGUGUGUGUGUGUGUGUGUGUGUGUGUGUGUGUGUGUGUGUGUGUGUGUGUGUGUGUGUGUGUGUGUGUAUCUGUGUAUGUCUGUUCCCGUGUGUGUUCUUUUGAAAGUCUGUGCUGUUGAUGUGUUAAAGUUUAGAGCGUUGCCUGCAUGCAUAAUGAUAAUAAAAGUUUGUCCAAAAAUAUUUUGUCACAAAU